AUGGACACUGGCAUCAUUGGACCAGUGACGGUUAUGGAUGGGUUUGUUGAAAAGUUCGGACAUCAGUCCGCAACGAUACAUGGUCUUCUGGUGUCUUCGAUCUUGAUUCCUGCCGCCAUUUCCUCGUUCUUUGCUGGUUAUCUAGCAGACAAAUUUGGUCGCCCCAAAGGAAUUAGCAUAGGAACCCUGAUAUUCGGAAUUGGUGCAGCACUUGAAGCUGGUGCUGUUCAUGUCUCCAUGUUCGUCGUUGGGCGCUGCAUUGAGGGAAUAGGAGAGGGUUUGUACUUGGGCACAUUGGUUGUAUAUAUUUGCGAGAUUUCACCUCCUAAUGUCAGAGGGACUUUGACGACUGGCCCGCAGUUGCUAAUUACUCUAGGCCUGGUGGUUGGAUUUUUCACAUGUUACGGGACUGCUCGGAUCCAAUCCUCCAUGUCAUGGCGGACCCCAUUUCUCAUCCUGGCUUGCCUUUCCGUUUUGUUUUCCAUGGUUGCACUCACAUGGCUCGUUCCCUCUCCAAGGUGGCUCACCAUUCAUGGCCGCAAGGCCGAGGCCAAUGCCGUCUGGGAUCUGUUGGGCGUUAGCUAUGCAGAAAGGGAAAAGAGUGAAAUCGAACAAGACAGAGGAUCCGUAAUCCAGGGCCCAGUCUCUCAAGAAGUUGCCGUGACCAAUGUGCCCAGUAUGGAUACCACGGCGACAGCGGUACAAGACGGUAACCGGUCCUUGAAACACAAGCUAUUUGAUAUUUUCUCAAAGGAUGUCCGGUCACGUACAGCCCUUGCUGUGUUUUUGAUGGCAAUGCAGCAGCUUAGCGGGAUAGAUGGUGUUCUUUACUAUGCUCCCUUACUCUUCGAACAAGCAGGACUCGCAUCAGCAGAUGCCAGCUUCUUCGCGUCCGGUGUUUCAGCUCUCGUUAUUUUCAUAGUGACCAUUCCAGCCCUAAUCUGGGCCGACAAAUGGGGCCGUCGGCAUAGCGUCAUAUACGGCGGUGUUGGCAUUAGUCUCACCAUGUUUCUAAUGGGCGCACUCUAUGCAGACAAAACAGUGCAUGGCACAACUGGAGCAGGUCGCUGGGUCGUAAUUGUCUCUAUCUAUAUCUUCGCUGUGGUAUUCUCCCUCAGCUGGGCCGUCGGCAUCAAGAUCUAUGCAGCAGAGAUUCAGCCGCAAAGGACCCGUGCUUCAGCUACCAGUCUAGCGCACGGCAGCAACUGGGCCACAAACUUCCUUGUCGCCCUUACAACUCCGAUUCUGCUAUCCAAGAGUAGCUUUGGAGCGUAUUUUCUUUUUGGUGGGUGGAUGCCGCCCCGCAAGAGAGCCACGGCUCCUGUCAGUGCGCGAGCUGCGCAGCCUGCAGAGGCCGGGGCAUCAUCCAAAACGACGACAGAAACCGCACGACGGAAGCGCGCCGCCCAAUCCAAAGAAGCCAAGGAGGCGUCCAAUUCCGAACACCCAACUCAAGGCGGACAAGACCAUGCUGCCGACACAGAGCAGACAGAACAGGUCCCAGAGCCGCAAUACCCAUAUCAUCACCGCGAUCCAUUUGAUGCGCUGCUGGAGCCUUUUUACGCCAAUAAAUCCCUGACUGAUCCGAUCAACACCGCCAAGGACAAAUGGAAUCUCUUGCCCGCGUUUUUAAAGGUAAAGGGUUUGGUGAAGCAGCACAUUGACUCAUACAACUACCUCGUGGAAGUGCAGUUGAAGAAAAUCGUCGAGUCAAGUAAUACGAUUCGCAGCGAUGUAGACCAUAAUUUUUACAUCAAGUUUACCGACAUCUAUCUUGGGUUCCCUCGCCGAGCGGACGAGCCUCAGGAUGUGCGGACCGAAUUCGACGAAUCAACUGUGACACCCCAAGAGUGCCGACUGCGCGACACGACCUAUGCCGCUCCUAUCCAGGUCGACUUUGAAUAUAUCCGUGGCCGCCAGAGGGUGAGGAGAAAGGGUGUUGCUAUUGGUAGAAUGCCGGUUAUGCUUCGCAGUUCGAAGUGUGUGCUGGCGAACAAGUCCCCUGCGCAGAUGACUGUUCUCAACGAGUGCCCUCUUGACCCUGGUGGAUACUUCAUCGUCAAUGGAACGGAGAAGGUGAUUCUCGUUCAGGAACAGCUGAGCAAAAACAGAAUUAUCGUUGAAACGGAUCCCAAGAAAGAGAUAGUCCAGGCUUCUGUUACAAGUUCCUCAAACGAGCGUAAAUCUAAGAGUUACAUCAUCCUGAAGAAGGAUAGGUUAUACGUCAAACACAACGUUCUUAGCGAGGACAUCCCCAUCGUCAUACUUCUCAAAGCGAUGGGCAUACACACCGACAAAGAAAUGAUGCUUCUAGUUGCUGGUGUGGAUAAGGUUUACCAGGAAGAUUUCGCGAUCAACUUUGAGGAGGCUAUCAAGGUCGGCGUUUUUACACAGCAACAGGCGCUUGAAUGGAUUGGUUCCCGAAUUAAGAUCAACCGUAAGCAGAUGUCUUAUCGCCGAACUCACGUUCAAGAGGCCGUCGAGGCUAUUGCGUCGGUCAUUAUUUCCCAUAUCGAAGUCAAGGAUAUGAACUUCCGUCCCAAAGCCAUUUAUGUUGCGAACAUGGCUCGGCGUGUCCUCAUGGCCAAGAACGAUGCUGCAUUGGUAGAUGAUCGUGAUUAUUUGGGAAACAAAAGAUUGGAGUUGGCUGGACAGCUGCUGGCUCUCCUUUUUGAAGACCUUUUCAAGAAGUUUUGUUUUGAUAUCAAAAUGAACAUCGAUAAGGUUCUGAAUAAGCGCAACCGAGCCGAGGCGUUUGACGCUUGGAGUGUUAUUGGCAUGCAUAGCAAUCAUAUCACGCAGGGCAUGAACCGAGCUAUCUCAACGGGUAACUGGAGUUUGAAGCGUUUCCGCAUGGAACGUGCUGGUGUUACCCACGUGCUCAGUCGGUUAAGUUAUAUUGCGGCUCUCGGAAUGAUGACGCGUAUUAGCAGUCAGUUUGAGAAAACGAGGAAGGUCAGCGGUCCCAGAGCUCUGCAGCCCUCGCAGUUUGGAAUGAUUUGUCUCGCGGAUACUCCGGAAGGUGAAGCCUGUGGUCUUGUGAAGAACCUUGCCCUUAUGACACAUAUUACGACGAACGACGAAGAAGGCCCAAUAAGAAACCUUAUUUUCAUGCUUGGGGCAGAAGACAUCCAAACCGUUGGUGGGAAGGAAAUUUAUGCACCUGGCAGUUACACCAUCUCAAUCAACGGUACGCCAAUGGCGCUAACACGACGCCCGAAACAUUUCUUGAACGCAUUCCGAAGGCUACGGCGAAUGGGCAGGAUCUCCGAGUUUGUGAGUAUCUACAUCAACCACCACCAGCGUGCUGUGCAUGUUGCAACCGACGAUGGACGCAUCUGCAGGCCGCUCAUUAUUGUCGAGAAUGGCAAGUCGUGCGUCAAGAAACAUCAUCUUCGCAAACUCCGUGACGGGACGAUGCAAUUUGAUGAUUUUCUUGCCCAGGGUUUGGUAGAAUACGUGGACGUCAACGAGGAGAACGACUCGUUGAUCGCAAUCUAUGAGAAGGACAUCAGUGACACGACCACGCACAUGGAAAUCGAACCAUUCACCAUCCUAGGUGCUGUCGCCGGUCUUAUCCCUUACCCCCAUCACAACCAAUCUCCGCGUAACACUUACCAAUGUGCUAUGGGUAAGCAAGCGAUUGGAGCCAUCGCAUCAAACCAGUUCCUCCGCAUAGAUUCCAUCCUUUACUUGAUGGUUUACCCACAGAAGCCCAUGGUCAAAUCACGCACGAUUGAAUUGACCAAAUAUGAUCAGCUUCCCGCUGGCCAAAACGCUACCGUUGCCGUCAUGAGUUAUUCUGGUUACGAUAUUGAGGAUGCGCUGGUCUUGAACAAGGGCUCGGUCGACCGAGGCUUUGGUCGUUGCCAGGUCUUCCGCAAGUAUGUUACCAACAUGAAGAGCUAUUCCAACGGAACGAAGGAUAUCCUGAACCCGCCCACCUAUGAGAACGACGCGCCAAUCAGGAAACAUGCUCUGCUAGAAAACGAUGGUUUGGCAGCUGUCGGCGAACAAGUCAAUUCUGGAGAGGUUUACAUCAACAAGUCCACACCAGAUCAAUCAUUGUCAUCAGGCUUCCCGGCGUCCGAUUCAGGCCGGCCGAUUAGCUACAAUCCAACUCCGAUGACCUACAAACUCCCUGACCCCUCCUACGUCGACAAGGUCAUGGUUUCUUGUACCGAGAACGAGAAUCAAAUCAUCAAGGUUCUCACGCGCCAGACCAGACGGCCUGAAGUUGGUGACAAGUUCUCAUCCCGUCACGGACAAAAGGGUGUCACUGGUAUCAUUGCCGAUCAAGCGGACAUGCCAUUCACUGACCAGGGUAUCAACCCCGAUAUUAUCAUGAACCCCCACGGUUUCCCCUCCCGUAUGACAGUCGGAAAGAUGUUGGAGCUCGUCGCAGGUAAAGCCGGUGUUCUUUCUGGGCAGCAUGGUUACGGAACCUGCUUCGGUGGCAGCCCUGUUGAGGAAAUGUCCCAGAUUCUGAUCGACAAGGGGUUCAGCUACGGUGGCAAGGACUAUCUCACUUCCGGGAUUACUGGCGAAGCCCUCCCAUUCUACGUCUUUACCGGUCCCAUCUACUACCAGAAACUGAAGCACAUGGUUCAAGACAAGAUGCAUUCGCGUGCCCGUGGUCCCCGUGCCACCCUUACUCGGCAGCCAACAGAAGGUCGUUCCCGAGACGGAGGUCUGCGUCUCGGAGAGAUGGAGCGUGAUUGUUUGAUCGCAUACGGUACCAGCCAACUUCUUCUAGAGCGUCUGAUGAUCUCGUCCGAUCGGCACGAGGUUGAUGUUUGCGAGCAGUGCGGCUUUAUGGGCUACCUGAACUGGUGUCAACGAUGCAAGUCCUCGAGAAGUGUCGUGAAGAUGAUCAUCCCGUAUGCGGCCAAGCUUCUUAUCCAGGAGCUUAUGAGUAUGAAUGUGACGGCUAGAUUGAAGCUCGAGGACGAGUUCCCUGAGACAAAGGGCCGGUAA